UCUUUGGUGAUUGAACUUUGUUUUUCUUUCUGAGAUAUAUUUGGUUAGCAUAAUGUAUGACAUACAGUUUCCUCUUUAAGUAGUGCGGAAACAUAAAACAGAGUUAGUGCCAAUGUUUUUGCUCGACUUAUUCAACAGGAAAAUAUAUGAUAAUAAAGGUUAGCUAUAACUUAUGCACACACCAUAGUUUCAAACGAUGAAUAAUGUAGCCAUUUAAAAGCAAAGGUUAUAGGUUAGCUAACUUACUAGGGCUUACAAGUUAUAAUGUACGGACUUAUUGUUGUGUAGUAAUACGGAAAGAAUGUAAAGAAGAAUUUUUCUUAUCUGUUACUUAACUAGGGUCAGUCUUGAUGUAUUUGUGUCGUAACUAUACAAGAGCUAGAUUUUGGGCUAUAUAGAAACUUUCUUAAUUAUUGUCUUAAGCAAGAUGGGCCUUUAUCAAAGAGGGCAAUCUUCACUAGGCAAAAAACGGCACGUCGUUUAACUGUCCAGCUAGAAUGCACGUCGUCUUGUUUUAACAUCCGAAACUUCCUGAAAUGCCAAGAAAAAUCUUGUCACCCUUUGGACUCUAGACGAUAAACGAAGGUUUUAGAAAAAGUGCACUUUCUAAUUCAAGAAACUCGAAGAACGUUCUCUCUUCAUCCUCCCCUACCUUAUAUAUAGGAGCCAUUUAUCAGAUCUCAAAAAUCAGAUCAAAGCAACAAGAAAAAUCAAGAAUCAAAGUUCAUUAAGUCACUCGAGAAACAACAAUGUCUCUAGUUCCAAGCCUUGUUGGAGGACGCAGAUCAAACGUCUUCGAUCCGUUCUCGCUAGAUGCAUGGGAUCCAUUUGAAGGACUCUUAACGCCUUCCUCGGCUCGUGACAUGGCAGCAUUCACAAACGCAAGAGUGGACUGGAAGGAGACGCCCGAGGCACACGUGUUCAAAGCGGACUUGCCGGGAUUGAAGAAAGAGGAAGUGAAGGUUGAGGUUGAAGACAAGAACAUACUGCAGAUUAGUGGAGAGAGGAGCAAGGAGAAUGAAGAUAAGAACGACAAUUGGCACCGUGUGGAGAGAGCAAGUGGGAAGUUUAUGAGGAGGUUUAAGUUGCCUGAGAAUGCGAAGAUGGAAGAAGUGAAGGCAACAAUGGAGAAUGGCGUGCUUACGGUUACGGUACCAAAGGCGCCUGAGAAGAAGCCUGAAGUCAAGUCUAUUGAUAUCUCAGGCUGAGUCACAAACGAUGAAGAUGAACAUUUGAGAAUUUGGUGUGUGGAAUAAAACGUGUGUUUGCUACAAAAAGUUUAUGUGGUCUUUUGUUUCUUUUUCUAAAUCAUGAAUAUUGUAAGAUUAUUGUAAUAAAUAAAAGAAUGUAAGACUAUUGUUUCUCUUAUAAGCAUACGAUAUUUCAAGCUAAUCUCUCAAAAAAAUCAAAAGAAACAAUCAAGACGAACGCUUAAUUAAGUGUUAACAAAAAAGAAACG